AUGGAUAAGCUCUUACCUGGCCAAGGAUCUGAGGAAGAAGAGGAAGAAGAGACUGCAGAGCAGAGGGAGGCGAAAGCCCGAGAGAAAGAGUCCGGGCCAUGGGUCGACCAGAAGGAGUCAGAGUGGUCGAGCCUGUUGGGAACGGAUGUUGCCGGUCAAGACAGCCGAAAAGUGACGGGUCCCGGGGAGGAUGCCCCAGAGGAGCCACAGGAGUCGGGCUCAGGCAUGGCCCUGGAGGCAGCGGCUGCCGGGCCGGGGAACUCGGACAGGGCCAUCCCAGAGGAGGAGGCCGGGGUACAGCCAGUGUGGCCGAGGGGCGGGGAGAUGGCGGUCCCCGAGGGUGCGGCACCCGCGGCCCCGGCGGCCCCGGAGGGCCGGAGUCGGGGAGAGAGGGAAGCUGCGCCCCGGAGAGAGCAGCAGCAGUGGGUGGGCAAGAGCAGAAAAAGUACGGACAAGCGCAACCGGGACGAGGACAGAAAACCGAGGCAACCGGACAGGUACUGGGAGUCUUACUGGGAAGGAGGCAAGGAGCGCUACCGGCAGAAGAAAGUGAGGCGCAGGGCGAAGAGCAACUGGAAGUACAAGCUGGAGAAGAAGGCCAGCUGGCUGAAGAGCCCAGAAAUCUGGGAAUCUGCGGAGGAGGGUGAGGAGGCUGAGGAGGAGGAGAAGUUGGAGGACAAAGAGGAGGAAGACAAACCGGAGGAGAAGGCCAGCAAGGAGAGCAUCGGCAGCUUGACAGUCCUGCAAUUCAGCAAGCCGGAGAUUAGAUUCAGUAUCAGUCAGAGGGCUCCUCCCAGUCUGUCCCAGCGGAGAGUUACCAAAUGCAUCUCUGGUCUCAGUGUCAUGAACGAGCUAGCCAAGAUGGGCGACCCGAACCUCCUGGAGAUGGUGCAGGAGGAAGGGAGAAUAGCCAGUGGAGAAAUAGAUACCUCUAUCCAAAUGAGUGAGAGCAUGAGCAGCAGAGAAACCAUUUUACUCAUCAGAGAAAAGUCAGUGCCAGCAACACGAUAUAAUUUGUUCCUGCGGAGGCGUCUUAUGUUUCAAAAACAUGAGCAAAGCAAAGAUUCUAUCUUCUUCCGAGAUGGAAUUAGGCAAAUUGAUUUUGUACUUUCCUAUGUAGAUGAUGCAAGGAAAGAUUCAGAAUUAAAAGCGGAAAGAAGAAAAGAAUUUGAACGCAAUCUCAGAAAAUCUGGCCUUGAAUUGGAAAUUGAAGACAAAAGGGACUCUGAAGAUGGAAGAACUUACUUUGUCAAGAUCCAUGCUCCUUGGGAAGUGUUAGUCACCUACGCUGAAGUAUUGGGAAUCAAAAUGCCUGUGAAGGAGAGUGAUAUUCCCCGAAAUGAACACAAUGCAUUGAGCUAUAUGUUUGGAGCUUUGAAGCUUCCAAAAAGGGUGAAGUACCCUCGUCCUGAAUAUUUCACUGCCCAAUUCAGCAGACAUCGACAAGAGCUCUUCCUCAUUGAAGAUACAUCAACAUUUUUUCCAUCCUCAUCAAGAAACAGAAUUGUAUACUACAUUCUUUCACGAUGUCCUUUUGGCAUGGAGGAUGGAAAGAAAAGGUUUGGGAUUGAAAGACUGCUAAGCUCUAACACUUACUUAGCUGCCUACCCUCUCCAUGAUGGCCAAUAUUGGAAGCCAUCAGAACCUCCCAAUCCUGUAAAUGAAAGGUACAUACUUCAUCGAAACUGGGCACGGUUUUCCGUUUUUUACAAGGAACAACCUUUAGAAUUGAUAAGGCAUUAUUUUGGAGAAAAGAUUGGAAUUUAUUUUGCCUUUCUUGGAUUUUACACUGAAAUGCUAUUCAUUGCAGCUGUGGUUGGCUUAUCCUGUUUUAUUUAUGGUUUAUUAUCAAUGCAUGGUAGCCAGAGUAGCAUUGAAAUCUGUGACCCUGAAAUUGGAGGUAAGCUGAUUAUGUGCCCUCUCUGUGAUGUGGUAUGUGAUUUUUGGAGACUAAAUUCUACAUGUUUGGCUUCAAAGUUUUCCCACUUAUUUGAUAACGAGUCAACAGUGUUCUUUGCAAUAUUCAUGGGAGUUUGGGUCACAUUAGUUCUGGAGUUUUGGAAACAGCGACAAGCCACAUUGGAAUACCAAUGGGACCUAGUGGACUUUGAGGAGGAACAGCAACAGCUUCAGCUGAGACCCGAAUUUGAAGCUAUGUGUAAACAGAGGAAAAUGAAUACGGUUACCAGGGAAAUGGAACCCCACAUGCCUCUGUGGAGUCGUAUACCGUGGUAUGUUUUAUCAGGAGCCACAGUGACAUUAUGGAUGACUCUUGUCGUCGCCUGCAUGGUAGCUGUAAUUGUGUACCGCCUGUCAGUGUUUGGUAUAUUUGCCAGUUUUAUUCAGAGCGAGGCGACCUUGGAGCCUGUCAGAAGGUUCCUGACUCCCCAGUUAACCACAGCACUUACAGGAUCAUGCUUGAACUUUGUAAUCAUCUUGAUCUUGAAUUUCUUUUAUGAAAAGAUAUCUGCCUGGAUUACAAAAAUGGAAAUCCCUCGAACUUACCAGGAAUAUGAGAGCAGUCUGACCUUGAAGAUGUUCCUGUUUCAGUUUGUGAAUUAUUACUCUUCCUGCUUCUACGUGGCUUUCUUUAAAGGAAAGUUUGUGGGCUAUCCUGGAAAAUACAUAUACUUGUUUAAUACUUGGAGAAGUGAAGAGUGUGAUCCUGCAGGCUGUCUAAUAGAAUUGACCACACAGUUGACCAUCAUAAUGACUGGGAGACAAAUUUUUGGAAACAUUAAAGAAGCAAUUUUCCCCUUGGCACUGAAUUGGUGGAGACGCCGAAGAACUCGCACCAACUCUGAAAAACUAUACAGCCGAUGGGAACAGGAUCAUGACCUUGAAAGUUUUGGGCAUCUUGGGUUAUUCUAUGAGUACCUAGAAACAGUUAUUCAGUUUGGAUUUGUCACAUUAUUUGUGGCCUCUUUUCCUUUGGCUCCUCUUCUUGCUCUCAUGCAUAAUAUUAUAGCAAUCCGAGUGGAUGCUUGGAAACUUACUACUCAGUACAGGAGACCUGUAGCUGCUAAGGCUCACAGCAUAGGUGUUUGGGAAGAUAUUCUGCAAGGAAUAGCUGUUCUUUCUGUUGCAACUAAUGCUUUCAUUGUUGCAUUUACGUCGGACAUCAUUCCCCGUUUAGUCUACUAUUAUGGUUACGCAACAAAUGGCACUUAUGCUUUGGAAGGAUAUGUCAACAAUAGCUUGUCCGUGUUCCUGAUAGCUGAUUUCCCAAAUGACACUAUACCUGUGGGUAAACGGGACUUCGACACUUGCAGGUAUAGAGAUUACAGAAAUCCUCCUGAUCAUCCAAAUAAGUAUCUGCAUAAUAUACAAUUCUGGCAUGUCCUUGCUGCCAAGAUGACCUUCAUCAUAAUUAUGGAACAUAUUGUGUUUUUGGUUAAGUUUCUAUUGGCCUGGAUGAUACCUGAUGUUCCAAAAGAUGUUGUGGAUAGAAUCAAGCGAGAAAAGUUAAUGACUGUCAAGAUUCUCCAUGAAUUUGAACUCAAUAAAUUAAGAGAAGAUUUGGGAGUCCAUCCUGAAUUCAAGAAACAAAGCAAGAUUGAGGCAAACAAAACAGAACAGGCUAAGAGAAUCAUCUAA